AUGCCAGAACCCAUCGAUUAUACUUAUACUAUCGAAUUAGUUCAUUCUCGUGAAAACGCUUUUAAUUACAUAGUGCAAGGGACAGGACAAUUCCAACCAGGCUGGAAAAAUGGAUGGAAAUCAUUUUAUUAUGUUGAAGAUUUGGUCUCAAAUGGGUUUUUAUGUCCAAACGAAGAUAAAAUAAAGUUUAAUAUCAAAUUACGACCAACGACAAUUUUUGAAUAUCGAAAAGUUCUUGAAUGGUAUCUCAAUCAAAUGGAAGAUAAGAGAAAACAUGAUGAACAUGUUAUUGCUCGUUUAGAACAGGACAAGAAAUAUCUUGAACGCACUACCAGUGAACAACGAAGUAAAAUCGAGAAAAUUGAAAAGAGAGAAAAUGAAUUGCAAAAGUAA